AUGUCGUCGGCGACCGAAACGAGCGAGCAACGCGCGAUCAAGGCUGCGAGGGCGAAAGAAAAGGUGCCCGUUCGCACCGAUGACCGUAGCUAGGGGCCAGAGAGUGUCGUACUGAUCCCAUGCGUCGACUGCGCUCAGCUCAAACGAUUCCAAGCCGCCAAGACGGGAUCAGUGCCCAAACCGCCGACCGCAACGAGCGAGUCGUCGUCGGCCGCUUUGGAUGCGCAGUCCCCAACGCUCUCACCCCCUUCGACGCUCUAUAGAACACGUUCACCCACGAUCGUCUCUCCUCCUUCCUCGGCCGCAUCCCUUUUCGCCUCUCCACCUCGAGCCACACCCCCCGUCGCCGCCGCUGCCCCACCCUCGGCCACGCUAUCGACGACGUUCACCCCCCCAGUUCCCUUUAGUCUACCCACAACUCCCCCCAUUGUCCGAGAACGCCAAACGUCGAACCCUCUCCGUUCCCCACCGCGCCUCUUCUCCCCUCCCCCACCACGAGCUUCAACAACUUUCAGGAAUACGACCUCUCCCCCACCCCAAACCUUAUCCAUUCCGUCCCCCCCUCUUUCACCUCCCCUUCUUCAUCCUCAAUCGAAUUCACCUCAUCAUUCGAUUCAACACCAUUCGGGAGCGGCUUCUUUCGAAGCGAAUUCAAAGGAGCAAUCUCACUCGGUUAAUUCCCCACCGAUACCGAUACCCACCCCCACACCUGAUGAGCAACUUGAAAGACGGAUAGAUAGAUUACAGCAGAUUGAGAAUCAACGGCUUUCGAGACAAGUACGAGAAUUGGAAACGUACGCGCGGCGCGAACAGACGAACCGAGAGGAGGAGGAGGAGGAGAGGGUUGGAUCGCAAGUUCGGCUUGAGGCUAGGGAGGAGGAGUUGGAGGGGGAGAGGAGAAGGGGGGAAAAGGAUGAAGAAGAACGUAGGGAUGAAUUGGUACGCCAAGUUUUUUUCGCAUGAUUGGGGCGCGCAGGGCUGCUUUUGGGAGCUGAUUGGUCCCGACCGUUUUCAGAAACGCGAGUUGGAGGUUUAUCGACGGUCUCUUUCUAAUGUCGAGCAGGCGCUUUCAACACGCGAUGAAGAGGCACGUGCACUUCGAGCCGAACUUGAACAGCUUCGAUCUUCAUCUCAGUCCAAAUUGGCAACGCUCGAAACCACACUCGAGCAAACUCAAACGCGUUCGCAAAAGCUCCAAGUUGAACUCGAUAACCUCAACGCCUCCCACUCUGGCACUCGCCAAGAUUCCUCUCGAGAACUCGAACAGGCAAGAACUCUCGCCACUAAAGCACAAGCGGACCUCAUCGAUCGAACGCAAGAACUCGAACGACUCUCGCACAACUUGAGCGAAACGACAGCUCGACUCGUCGACUCGGAACGACAUCGUACCUCCCUCCAAUCCGAAUUGACCCAACUCUCCACAACGAGCUCUGAACAACUCACCUCCCUCCGCGAAGAAUUGAGAUCCACCCAAACGCGCUCAAACUCUCUCGAACGAACGCUCUCCUCUUUCGAAAUCAAACUCUCAGCUCUCUCUUCCCACCGCGACGAAUUACAAUUCGAAAACGCGAAUCUACAAAACUCGCUCGAUGAAUCGCGUCGUAAAGUAUCGCUCGCGACAACUGAAAAAGUCAACAUCGACGAAGAAUCCGUUUCCCUUCGUCAAGAGUUAUCGAAUCUGCAGAUCGAGUUGGAUCGGUUACGUGAUACCGAGGUCGAGGUUGAUUCUUUGAGGGAGGAAUUGGAUGGGUUGCAGGAUCAAUUGGCGGAAUUGGUAGAGGAUGGUGAAAAGGCGCAGCAAGAAUUGGGUGAAGCGAAUGAGAUGAUUCGCAAGUUGGAGAAGGAACGUGAUCUAGGGUUGGUGAGAGUGGGCGAGUUGGAGGACGUGGUGCAAGGUUUGAGGAAGAGGGAGGUGGAGCGCUUGGAUGGGUAUUCGAGGAUCGAGGAGGUAGAGGCGAGGUUGAACGAGCUCGAGGAACGGUAUCAGGUCAAGGUGGAGGAGUGCAGCGCACUCGAGAAGGAAAUCGAGGGUACCAAGGCAAGGUAUGCCCAGCUGGAAGCAACGCACGUCGAAGACACGCAGCGAGUUCGGGACGACCUCGAUCGAACCGUCGAGCAACUCAAGGCCGAACACGAGCGCUUAAUCAACGAGCUAGAAUCCCAACACGAGCAGAUCCUCACUUGUACGCGACAAGAGCACGCCUCGGCCCUCGAAGCAUUCGAGUCCGCAAAGCAAUCCCGCACGAACGACGACCAAUCGCGCCUCUCUUCGCUCGAACAAGAACUCGCCGACGCCAAAGCCCACGCCGCGCAACUCGUUUCGCAAGGCGGUCAAGCCCUCGCCGAUCUUGAACGACGAACCUCGGAGUUAUCGCUGAUGCAAAGUGAGCGCGACGCGGCGACGCAUCGCGCUGAAGUGGCCGAGACGAGGUUCGCUGAGCUGCGUUCCGAGUUGGAGGAGGCGCGAUCUCAACUCGUUGCCUCCUCCACCGUCGCUGCUCCCUCAUCGGCGAUUUCGACCAUCGACUUCCCGCUCGGUUCCGACUCUUCGGAAAGGGAACAGCUUCUCCUCCUCAAGAUCACCGAACUCGAAGCCGACGUUCUCGAAGCGCGUCGCGCCUCGGACCAAUCCGUUCACAACAUCGCCUCCCAAAUCGGUACGAUCAACAAACUGCGCCGCGAGCACAGCGAACUCGUCUCGCAAUACACCGCCGAAUCGAAACGGGUGACCGAGCUACGCAAGAUGAUCGAGAAGAAGGAUUUCGAUUCCUCGCGCAUGGGUCAGGAUAUCGUUCGUUUACGAACCGAAUUGGCUUCGGCCAAAGCCGACACCGAAGCUUCGAAUCGAGCGCGACGAACGAUCGAACAAACGCUCAACGUCACGCGCGCGACCAAUGCCGGCCUCGAACGUCAAGUAGGUGAAGCUCGAGCUUUGCAAGUCGCCGCUGAAGCGAGUGUGAAACCUCUUCAAGAGACGGUGGAGAUGUAUGAGAUCGAAUUGGAUCAGAAGCAGGAGAGGAUAGGCGAGUUGGAGGACGAGGUGGCGAUGUAUGUCAAGCGGGUCAACGAGCUAGAAUUUUCGAUGAACGCGGUAGCGAAGAAGGUGCGUUGUUGGGUUCUACCCUUCUUGCUCGUUCCGGAGCUUGAACUGACUCGUCUUGACGUUGAUCAUCCACUAGGCCGCCUCCAGCGAAUCCAAAGCGAGCGACCUCGUCGAAGUACUCGAGAACGAGCGCACGUCCCACGCCCGCGCUCUUUUGGAAAUGGUCAACUCGCUGUCCGGCUUGCGUACCGAACUUGACCACGCUCGAUCGUCACUCGAAUCAACGAUGGUCGGAAGCUCCGAAGCGGACGGCUUACGCGCGCGUAUCAGCGAGUUGGAGACCUCUUUCCACUCUAUCGAGACUGAACUGGCUGCGAGUCAACGCGAACUCGACUCCACCCAACGCGAACUCACCCGCCUUCAAGAAUCCAAUACCGGCAUCGGAUUAGCCAACGCAAGCCUGUCCGAAUCCCUUCCCACGUCCGCACAAGAGGAAAUGGGUCGUCUCACCGCGGACCUGGAGAAGAGUCGAGAGCAACUGCGGCGUGUUGAGGAUGAGAACCGCGAACUGAAGAACGCUUUGGAAGAGGCGAGGAGGGAGUUGGUUGAUGCGAAGGGCGAAGUAGAGGGAGCUCGGAAAGAGCUUUUGGACGUUUCGGAACUUCGCUCGACGCUCGAAGAACGGGCGAAGGAACUUGAAGCUUCACUCAAAGUACUCAAAGGCUCAAGCGAAACUCAAAGCGCAACCAUCUCAACCCUCGAAACCGAACUCGAAUCUCUCCGUACAACUCUCUCGGACCGUGAAUCUUCACUCGUAAGCCUUCGCACCGAGCUCUCCAGCGCCACUGAAUCCAAUGGCACCGCCGUACGCGAACGCGACGUAGCCCUCAACGCCGCCGUUCGCCGCACCUCCAAGUCUGAAAGGGAAUUAAAGUCCCUCAUCGCCUCUGGUGACGAGCGAGUCGGCGAAGUGGACACGUUGCGCACGCUCGUCGGCUCGCUACAAGAAGAACUUGCUUCCCUUCGAUCGGGGAAGGAAGGGACCUCGGGCCAAAUAGCGAGUUUGACCGAGGAACUCGAACGCAAUGUCGGCGAAGUGGAGAGUCUUCGUCGCUUGCUCGAAGGUGAGAAGGAGGCGACGGCCGACGCGAGAAGUGCAUUGGCGGAUCUCAAGGAGGCUUUGGGGAGGGCGGAGGCUGAUUUGGAGACGAGGAAUACGGAACUUGUGGGUUUGAGGAUGAGGGUGGGCAAGACUGAGGGGGAAGGGGGGGCGAAGGGUGCAGCGAGCGGGGGGGAGUACGAUCGUGAGCAGAGCAAGUUGCUUGCUCCUGUUCGACAAUCUAAUGCAGCUUCGCUGACUGACCCCGACACUCCUUGUUUCCGCAGUUGACGCAUUGCAACAACAAGCUGAGCUCAAUCUUUCGACCGCGCGCGCACAAAUUCGUUCCCUCGAACAUCGCUUGUUCGAAGAAGAGGACGCGCGCUACGAGCUCGAAAAAACGAACGGCGACCUCAAGUUACAGAUCCAAGGCAUGACGGAGAUGAUCGAGGAUGAUGCGGUGCGGAUUCGGGAACUGGAGGCUUUGUUGGGUGCGGAUGAUUUGGACUACGGCCACGGCCACGAGCACGAUCGUCCACCUCAUCUCGACUCACCCGAGCUCGAAGAACAACAUUCAUCUUCGACCCGCGGUCCUCGCGCAGGCUCUCACCGCCGCGGCCCUUCCCUCCUGGACCCCGUCGAAGAAACCUCCGAGUUAUCCUCGUCCCUCCUUUCCCGACCGAACGUUUUGCUCCCCCUCCCCUCUCACCACUCCUCAUUCAACGCCCCCGUUUCUCCACCCCUCGUCUCGGUCUCGACCCCCAUCCUCGACGGUACAAUGUCACCCACCAGUUCGAAACGGCACGUUCGACAAGCCUCUCUAUCGCUACUCAAAUCGCGCCUCGAGACCGAACUAGGACCCGACGCCGUCCUCCCCGACGAUCCCUUCGACGCAACAACAACAACAGGACCUUCUCCGUCGGACCCUCUGCUCGCGAAUUCGACGACGAGCCUGAGGACGAGUACGAAUCGUGCGGUGCUGCAGGACAAUUUGGUGUGGUGCGCUUGUUGUCAGGGGGAUUUGUUCGUCGUCUGA